CCGUAACGAACGCACCCUCCCAUCGGACGCAAAUCUACAAAACAACAACGAUGUCCGCACCCUUCACAACAUCAAUCCUCACCCUCGCCGCCUCCCACAACCUCCACCCCUCCUCAGCAUCCCAUCAAUCCUCCCCAGCCACGACCCCCUCAACCAAACCAACACCCUCCCAACCAGACCUCCUCACCCUCCUCGACACACUCACACACCUACAAACCGCCAUCCACACCGAAUCGAUAGAUCUCGCUAUUCGGAGGAUUCAUCACCUUCCUCGGAACUUGAGGGAGGAGGAGGAAGGUGACGAGACUGACGCGUUGGAACGCGUCGCGAUACAUUUGCGUGAGGUGGAUGAAGGGAUGGAUGUGCUGAGGAAGGUUGUGGUUGUCGACGGUGAGGAGGAGGAAGAUGAGGAUGGGAGGUGGAUUGAGGUGGAUAGGAAGGCCCAUGGGGCAUUGGCACACCUCACCGAAACAAUGAUACAAUACCACCACCAACCUCCAGGAUCCUCAACACCGCGCGUCCAGCAGGAGUAUGUGGAAUGGGUGCAUCGCGGGGGAGUGGAGGAGAGUGUGCGGGAUGAGUUGCGGCCAGGGCUGGCGAAAUUGCGAAAGACGUAUGCGGGAAUGGUGGAGGAGUUGGAGGCUGUGCGUGGGCGGAGGCGGAUGGAUGUGUGCUGAGUGUGGGCGAUUGGUGGAAGAGGCCCUGGGGAUGGAAAGAGGGCCGCUACGCCUGCACCUACAUUUUUUUGCCGUAUAGUCUAAUAACGAGAUGGACGGAGCUACGUCUGCGGUGGAUGAGCUGGGCGUGGGGUAAGGCUGGUUCAAGGUCGCUACGCGCGCGGAACGUGGCGUCGUUGUGUGGGAAGCGAAAUGACAGAGUCACGCAGGCGCUUCGGCCGACGGACCUUCCGAACGGCGCCAAUGGUGAUGACGCGGACGAGUAGAUCGAGGGAGGAGAAGGCGACUCCGACGAUGACGGGAACAAGGACGGGGCCAACUCCCCGGACCUCUUUGACAGUGGUCUUCCCAGUCAGAAAGCCCAUCUUGUAGUCUUCCCCACCGCCGUCGUUCAAAGCAACGAGAAAGAUA